AUGGCACAGAGGGCAUGCUUCUGUUUGGUUCUCCUGGCCUGUGUAAAUGGGGAUGGUCAGCUGGUGCGGCUUGUGUCCCCACUGGACAACGGUGUGGGUCGGCUGGAGGUAUACUACGACGGGCAGUGGGGGACAGUUUGCGACGAUGACUUUGACAAUGCAGAAGCUAUUAUUGUGUGCCGACAGCUGGGACGAUAUCAUAGUGGAUUUAAGCCCAAAGCAAUUCCAACGUUUGGUUAUGGAACUGGGAAGAUCUGGCUUGAUGAUGUCAGAUGCAAUGGUUCUGAAGUGAUGCUGAGUAGCUGCACACACAGACCGUGGGGUGCUCACGACUGCAGUCACGAUGAAGACGUUGGCAUCAUAUGUGAUGAACGUAGCAUCAGCAUGAAGUUGACUCCGGGUUACAGCAGCGGCUUGCUGCAGGUGCAUCACUCGGGCAGCUGGGGAACUGUGUGUGAUGACGGAUUUGGUCAAGUCGAGGCUUCUGUUGUGUGCCGGGCGCUUGGUUAUCAGUGA